UUGGACAAGAAACUGGAUCAGUAUAAAGUUGGAGAAGAAGUAAAUUGCUUCGUGAAAAUGGUGAGUUUCAUAAAAACCCUGUAACAACAUAAUCGCGAAUAUUACCAGGAAUGGUACCGUUGAUAAUGGAGGCACCACAGUUAUAAACCAUCUGUUCGCUCGUAAUAGUUCAAGCAAUGUCUUUAUACAUAGCCUCAGUAUUAGGUAUCACUUCUUUGCUCCUUGUAGGCCACUGAUCACUGCGUAUGGAUGAUGGCGAGUCCGUCAGUUAAUGGAAGAGUUACACUAUUACAUGCUUCUUCAGAUGUGAAGGUA